CCUCCUCCGUGAAUAUGGCUGCGGCUUUUGCAAUGCAAGCUGCCUGCUCGAAAAUUUUGUCAACGAUGACCCCCGGUUAGUUUAAUUCUUUGAAGUAUCUAGUUACUGUCUACAGGAGAAAGGCUUGGAGAAGUUGGCAUAGUUUAUUGCCCUUCUUAUAAAAUAAAGGCGUCAAGGGUGCAACAUUUUCGCUAACGUUGCAUGCACCAGCAACAGCCCGCUGGACUGGACUGACUGUCGGGGUUGACGUUGGCAAAGUUCGGCAAUUUGAGAUUCAUCUGUCAGCUGCUUAGGUUCUUCGAUAGCACUUGGAUUUGAUUUCAACUUAACCAUCACACUCUGGCUGAGCUGCGACCAAAGAUAACCGGAUGAAUUGUGCGAAUGAGGUGGUCAGGUGUAACGUUACGGUGAACUAAAUGGGGAUUUUCAACUCAAGAAAAUGGACUUUAAGAGCUCAGGGUUUGAGAUCAUUAGCCAGCAAUAGCCUGGUAGCUUGCUAAUCUGGCUAGCUAACCAACUAACUGUCGAAUCAAGUUGUAAGAAUAUUGAACGUGUCCACUGUGCAAACUAAAUAGCCGUGCACUGGACAAAUAUUUAUGCGCUUCACUUGGUUCUUUUUCUGAGUUGAAUUCUGUGCAGUGAGCUAAGGGAGCUCCUCGGCUAACUGGUUGCUAGCAUGUUUUCGGUGAAGCCACUGAAGCCGACGUUCAAGUCCUAUCUUCCCCCUGUACAGACUGAUCUGAAGAAAAGUCCUCAGCUGACAAUCCGGAAACUUGAGGCCAAACUCCUCCCAGGGGAGAUCGUGGUGAACGAGGCCAACUUUGUGAGAAAGUGCAUCGGCACGGAGAGCAGCCAGGACGACCUCUGGGGGAAGCUGAUAUGCACCAACUUCAAGGUCUCCUUCAUCACCCACAACUCACUGCCCCAGCAGAAUUUCAAGUAUGUCCAUCGUCUCCUGGGGGAACAUGACGUGCCUCUAGCAUGUGUGGAACAGGUGGUCACAGUAAACGAUGCCAAAGGGAAGCAGAAGGUACUGGGCUCGAACAAGAAGCUGAAAUUCAACCCCACAGAGCUGAUCCUCUACUGCAAGGACUUCCGCAUCCUCCGCUUCCGCUUUGACCAGGCCGGCCCAGAGAGCGCCAAGAAGGUGUGUCUGGCCAUCGCACACUACUCCCAGCCUGCUGACCCCCAGCUGCUGUUUGGCUUUGAGUACGCAGGUAGCCGCUACUACAACUCCUCAGGUGAGCGGGUGAAUGGCGUGGACCCUGGAGGAGGGCACCAGACGCCGAUGUUUGACCGCCCGUCUGACUGGGACCGAGAGAUCAAGCGCACUGGAGCCUCCGAGUGGAGGGUGUGCUCCAUCAACGAGGGCUACCUCGUCUCGCCCAGUCUGCCAGAGUGCUUUGUGGUUCCAGCCUCGCUAGCGGAUCAAGAUCUGAAACAGUAUGCAUGUUCUUUUACGGGCCAACGCAUCCCGCUGUGGUGCUGGAGUCACCCCAACGGAAGUGCUUUGGUUCGAAUGUCCAGCAUCAGCGAUCCGCAACAGCAGAGGAAACUGGACCAGAGGAUCAGCAGUGCCAUCACUAAGAGCCACCCACAGCGGUCUGACGUGCUCAAGUCCGACCUGGACAAGCAGCUGCCCAACAUCCAGGAAGUGCAGGCCGCUCUCGCCAAGCUGCGGCAGGUCUGCGUAAUCGAGCCUUUUGAGGAAUCAGAGGAGAAAUGGUUGUCGUCCUUGGAGAGCUCGCGAUGGAUGGACUAUGUCAGGGCUUUUUUAAGACACGCUGUGGAGAUUGUGUACAUGCUGGAGGGAAAACACACUUCUGUCAUUUUGCUCGAGGAGGAGGACCGUGACCUCAGCUGCGUGGUGUCCUGCCUGGUCCAGUUGAUGCUGGACCCCCACUGCCGCAGCCUGCUGGGGUUCCAGGGCCUGGUCCAGCGGGAGUGGGUGAUGGCCGGACACCGCUUCCUCGACCGCUGCAACCACCUCAGGAAGAACGACAAGGAAGAGUCUCCUCUGUUCCUAUUGUUCCUGGACUGCGUGUGGCAGCUGCUGAACCAGUACCCGUCGGCGUUUGAGUUCACCGAGACGUACCUGACGGUGCUCAGCGACAGCGUGUGGAUCCCCGUCUUCAGCACCUUCCUCUUCAACUGCCCCAAACAGAGGGCCGAGCACAGCAGGGACUUUGCCCGCAGUAAGAGCAUCCCUCUUGGGCAGGAGCAGGUCCUCCGCUUCCCCCCUGUGUGGGACUGGUCUCAGCAGUUCAGCCCCAAGGAUCAGACCCUCUUCAACAACCCGCUCUAUGUGGGCAAGAGCGCCACCUAUGUGCAGAACGGGGCAGUGAAGACCUUCAAACGCACCAAGAAGAGCUACAGUUCCACGCUGCGCGGCCUGCCCCUGGCCUUGCGGAAUGGCCAGCUGUCGGACCUGGACACGCUCCCACGGCGGAACUCCCUGGUCCUGCGCCUGCCAAGUCCCGGCUCGGCCCCCGGCCAAGGAAAGCCGUCUGAGACACCGCAUGAAGGCCAGGCGCUGUGGCUCUCCCAGGCUGCCGAGCCCCAGGGCCUGCUGCUGCCCCAGCUGCUGCCCUCGCACCUGACCCUGUGGCGCCUCUACUUCCUGCGCUGGGUCCCCGAGGCGCGCAUCCCCCGCGGCGGCCCCGUCACCGCCUUCCACAAGCUCUCGCUGCUCGUCGACGAGAUCCACACGCUCCAGAGCCACCUGCGCCACUACAGCACCUCCAACUCCAGCUUCACCCUGACCUCCACCCCCAGUGGGCUCCCUCCCCCGGCUCCAUCCCCAGCCCCCUCCCCCCUUCCCCCCGGCCCAGGCCUGGCCCUCAGCCCCCCCUCAAACACCCCCCACCGGCCCCAGUCCCUCUCCCGGUCCCCGCCUGACCACCACCAGCAGCGCCAGGGUCGGAUGUAUUUCCGCGCGCCGCUCUCGACCCCCGCAGGCCCCGGAGCGUCCAUCCCCACCUCCUCCUCAUGCCCGGCGCCCGACUACCUGAGCUCCUCGUUCCCCUUCUCGCCCGUGGGCAACCUGUGCCGGCGCGGCCUACUGGGCACGCCCCUCAGCAAGCUGCUCAGCGGCGCCCGCAUCUGGCUGUCCACCGAGACGCUGGCCAAUGAGACGCUCUGAACAGGGGGACGCCAAGCCCCGCCUGCUUCCGCCACAGGGCAGGAGGAGAGGAAGAUAGCGGUGGACAGAGGAAGAAGAGGAACAGGAAGUGAGGAAGAAGCAGUGAUUUGGCAAGAGGACUUUGGGUGUCUGUGUGCCUGUGUGUGUGUUUGUGUCUGUGUAUCCAGGCGUGUUUUUGCACAGAAUUAUUGGAAAUGGACUGCCGCUAAGUACGCACCUCCCCUCUUUCCCCCUCCUAAUUCCUUUUGUCCCUGACAUGUGGUGAUGGUGCAGAAUGUCUGAUGUCGUGUGUUUUUCCAGAGGUAUUAUAUUAACAUGACUGGUGAGGAGAUGAGAGGAGCUUGAUGCGCUGUGGGAUCAUUAUGAGGAAUCUGACCUGUGGAACAACACUCCUAUCUCUCUCUCUAUCUCUAUCUCUUGCUUAUCUUC